AUGCAAGCCGCCAUUUUCCCGGAGCUCCCGGGGGAAGGAGCAGCCGCCCACCAACGUACCAACCAAUGGGGACCCGGCAUGCAGUCCGGCAGCCAACCAGCUGCCCAAUCACAGACCCAGCCUCCACCUCCACCACCAGGCUCCUCCCAUUCGUCGACUCAGACUUCGCCGCGGCAGUUGCCGGUUACUGUCACCGACCUUAGCACUGCACAUGCUCUCACGAAACUAGUGAGCGACAUUACUGGUUCCAACUACCGAGAAUUUGUGAGGAUUCUAAAUAUCAUCUACAAGGCUAACGGACUCCAGACCAUCAUCGUACCUGACGAAGUCUUCCCCACCUCUGCCUCAGCUUCCACUUCAGUAACUGAGCCGGAAAUCACUGUAAACGCUGCCGCACUUGUUGACCUACUGUCUGCCACUGUUCCACCCACCACUCCAGUUGCUGCUGACCCUACACCAGACCCAGUAGAGGCUGUUAGUCUCUCCACACAAGACAACGACCCUCCUGCUCCUGUUUAUGCGUCUUACAACUGCCCUAGAGACCUGAAAUUUAAUAUUUCUCAGAAACGUAUCACAGCUCGGGAGUGGAACAUCGACUACGAAAACGGACUGAACGAUGACGGAACCCGCAGAGAGUUUUGGUACGUUGAGGCUGACACAGUUCGUUACUGCACUGAUGUUACCAUACUCCACCCUGCCAUUAUUGACCCUCAAUACUACGUGAAAUAUCCGAAACACGCCGCUAUGAUAAAGAAAGAAAUUCAAGAACGAACGGGCAAUGAACCUUCAACCCAGCAGAGUCAACCAACACCUCUUCAUACCAAACCUUCAGGGACCACUGUGCUAGUCCCCGACCCUUCAAACCCAUUGUCGGAUGAUGCUCCAGCUCCUGGUCCAGCCUCGGACAUUGCUGUGAACGAUACUGAACCUACUGCAGCUGCAACAUCUGCUCCUGGCAUGGUAGCAACCCAGAAGCCGACGACUUCUCAUCCACCAUCUCCUGUUACAUCUCCACCCACAGUACAUACAUCCACUGAACCUUCUACAUCUGCAGUAAGUCCUACCGCUGCUACUAAACCAUCAGGAACACUACUUCCAAGACCCACAUCUCCUGGUAUGUACUCAUCUGACUCAUCAGAUGAGGAUGUCUCUGUGGGAACGACAUCUCCACCUUCACAGAAAUACAACUAUUCAUCUGCCGAUUUUCUUUAUGACGCUAUUGAUCCCACAGCAAUGUCAACACGAAGUCGGACCGCCAAGAAAGACAAGUCGAAAACAAAGACCAAAGAUCAGACCUUGCUCCCACCAUCAAGAAAGAAGUAA